GAACGGGACGAAAUGUCACCCACUGUCUAAUAAGCUCACAUGACGUCCCACCAAUUGACACAAGUCAAAAUGACGGCAGAGCAUCCCAUUAGCACCAUAUAGAGAGUGACAGAAGGAGGGGCAAGAGUGGCUCUGGAGGGGGGGUUGGCGUUGUAGGGGGGCUAUCCCUUGAGACUGGAGAAGUGAUACUCAGAGGAGUGAGGGGAUGCCAGGGAUGGACUUCAAGUGAGGGGGAACGAGAAGAAAAGAAAUCAAGCUUAAAGCUCGACAAGCCACCACCAUGGCGAGCCUCCCCCAAGAACCGACUCAAGACCUCGCCAAACGCAGCUUCUGGAUGCCAGGGAAUUACGUACCCACGGUGCACAGAACCCAGCAGUCCUACCGGGCCUGCAACGACCUCGUGGCCUGCUUCACGGAGAGGGCCAGUGUCGAAAGGCAGUACGCCCAGCAGCUCAGCCAAUGGAGCAGCAAGUGGAAGGCCAUCGUGGAUUCUCGGCCGCUCUACGGCUCGCUGAUGACGGCCUGGCAAAGCUUCUUCACCUCCACCGAGCGCCUGUCCGCCCUCCACUUGUCCAUCUCGCAGUCUCUCGUGGCAGAGGAAGGCGUCCGGGUCAAGACCUGGCAGAGGGAGACCUUUCCCAAGAAACUCUUCUGCGGCUUCCGGGAAAGCUACGACAACAACGCCAGUUUUUCACGAGUGCAGAAACCAUGGAACAAGAAGCUGACCAAGCUGGAGAAGGCCCGGGCCACGUACCACAAGUGCUGUCAGAAGGAGCAGAGUGCCAUGGACAAAGAGAAACAAGCUAACGACGCUGAAAAUUGGAGUCCAGAGAAAAAGCAGAAGGUGACGGAGGCCAGAGAAUUGGCCACAGACGCUAAAGAAAAGGCUCGGGAGCGCUACGAGAAACUCCUGGAGGAUGUCACGAGCUACACGCCGCGCUACAUGGAGGAGAUGGAGGUCAUUUUUGAGCAGUCGCAGGAGGAGGAGAGGAAACGCAUCAGCUUCUUGAAGCAGGCCUUCCUGUCCAUCCACAGACACCUCGAUGUCACCAACAACGACAGUGUAAAGGAAGUUUACAAUGAACUCCAUCAAACUCUGAUGGCCAUCAACGAGGAGGAGGACCUCAAAUGGUGGAAGAACAAUCAUGGGCCCGGCAUGCUCACCAACUGGCCGAAGAUCCAGGAGUGGGUCCCACCGGUAAAAAAGCUGAAAAGAAAGAAGAGAGAGCAGAAAGGCAAAGAAGGCCGACCAGUGAUGAUCGGAGGCGUGAAGGUUCGAGCUCUGUAUGACUACACGGGGGAGGAGGGCGAUGAGCUCUCCUUUAAAGCAGGUGAGGAGUUCCUGAAGGUCGAGGAGGAGGAUGACCAGGGCUGGUGCCGGGGGGUCCUGAGCGGAGGGAAGGAGGGCUUCUACCCGGCCAAUUAUGUCGAACUCGUCCAGUGACGUCACUCUUCCUGAAUUAUUGUGUCCUGAAGCCAUGUCGCGCACACACACGCUCCAAUAGCUUCGGUUUCAAAUGAACAGAGAGAACUUGGAAGCCUUUCGUGAUUAAAUUAAUAAAAAACGACAGCGUACGCGUGUGUCAGUGGCAGGACUUAGGAUCACGUGGUCAAAACUUCUGCCUGUUCACGAGGUUGAUGUUUACAGCAGAACAGGGUUUCCAAAACUCUGGCGUAAAACGAGCCAAAUUGAUCAUCAGGCAGGCCGGCCAUUUUCUUGGCAACUUGACUUUGGAUGCAGGUUUUUAUUUUUUUCUGAUUAGGAAAUGUACAGUUCAUGCUACUUCAUGAUGCAUAUGUUCGGGUCCCGCGAAGGAAGUUUGGGUGUUGAGGUGAUCGCGUUUGCGGCGACCCGUGACUUUUUCCCCAAAUAAAAACAUGUCUUUCCAUCCA